AUGAUAUCGGUAGGAAUUUUGAGCGAACCUCAAGGACCUGCCUAUCUUCCACCUGCAGGAACUGGACCGCGACCAGCUCCUAGUGGCCAUCCAGACGAAUGGGCCGGUGAUCCGGUAAAUUACGAAUUCUCGUACGAAGUGGAAGACGCAGUAGCUGGCCUAAACUUUGGCCAUCGCGAGUCACGAAAAGACGAUGAAGCAACUGGAACUUAUCACGUGCUAUUGCCAGAUGGUAGAACACAAAUCGUCGACUAUGUUGCCGACGGUGGUGGCUAUCGGCCAAUAGUACGAUACGAAGGGACAGCUACUUAUCCAGCUCCAGCUCCAAGAGUCACUGGAGGAGGAUCCACAAGUAACGAAGGAUACAGAUACUGA